AUGGCAACUCCAAGAGAGCAUAUUGAACAGAUAAGGAGGGAGAAGUUCUCAAUCGGUAGAGAAGAAAAUCCACUUGUUGAAGACCUUCAUCAUGCUGUUAAGCAUCUGUCUGCAGAGAUUUAUACAAAGGAUGUCCAUUUUCUUAUGGAACUGAUUCAGAAUGCCGAAGAUAAUGAUUAUGCAGCUGAAGUGGAACCAUCGGUAGAGUUUGUAAUUACAAAUAGAGAUAUCACGGGGGUGGGUGCUCCUGCUUCUCUGCUAGUCUUUAACAAUGAGAAAGGCUUCACCUCCAAGAACACUGAGUCAGUCUGCAGUGUUGGACGAUCCACAAAAAAGGGUAAAAGGCAAGGUGGAGACUAUAUAGGAGAAAAAGGAAUUGGGUUUAAGAGCUUGUUCUCAGCAAGCGGACACCCUUAUAUUUUCAGUAAUGGGUAUCAAAUUCGUUUCAACGAAAUCCCUUCUCCGGUCACCAAAAUCGGGUACAUUGUUCCAGAGUGGGUUGAUGAUAAACCAAGCCUUCAAGAUAUUCUCAACGUGUACGGCGGUAGAAGUGUACAAGAUCUACCUAAUACUGUUAUAAUUCUGCCUCUACGCCAUGAAAAAGUUGAAGCUGUGAAAGAGCAACUCGCUAAUGUUCGUCCAGAAAUGAUAUUGUUUUUGUCAAAAAUAAAGAGAUUUUCAAUUCGGGAGGAGAAUCAGAAGCGGAUAAAUUUGAUUUCUGUGUCGAAAGAGACAGCAUUUCAAAGUAAUAAAAACGAAGAAAGUGAAUCCUUCAUUCUGCACCUCUCCGCCCAAGAAAAUGAAGAAUGCAGUUACUAUAUGUGGAGGCAACGGUUUCCUGUGAAGAAAGAAAAUCGGGUGGAAGGAAGAGAUGAGGUUGAUAACUGGGUGAUCACGCUGGCCUUACCGCAGGAUCAACGAGUGACAACGACAAGAAACAAAAUCAAUGCUGGCAUUUAUGCCUUUUUUCCCACGGAAAUGGUGACUGGAUUGCCACUUAUCAUACAGGCGGACUUCAUGCUGGUAUCAUCAAGAGAGAGCAUAAGGUGGGAUAAUAAGUGGAAUCAAGGGAUUCUCGAGUGCAUUCCCGCCGCAUUUUGUUCAGCCUUUGCUUUUCUUGUGCAAAGCGUAGAAUCUGCACCACAAUCCUCGAGAAGCUAUUGCUAUGACAAAUACCUUCCAAUUCAUCCUCUUUCGUAUCCUCAGUUAGAAAGCGUUCGGCAAGCUAUCCAAAUCCGCCUGAAAACAGAAAAAAUCAUUCUCUGUGAAGGCCAAUCGAAUACGUACUGCACUCCUUCACGAGCUCGUCGUAUACUUCCUGCCUUUAGGGAGAUAUUGCAAAAAUCAGCAAACCAUCCGAAUGCUCUCUGCUUUAAUGGUGUGCUCGUAAUUCACCCAUGUAUGGACAUUUUACAGUCCUUUCUUGGAAGUGCCCUCCUCUGUUUUGUAGAGGAACAUUGGAUGGAAAGUGAUUUUUUUUUCAAUCUCCUUUCAUUUCCGCUGCUCAAGUAUCACAAUGACAGUUGCCCUCAUGCCGUGGAUUGGACGAACAUAUUUCACGUAGUUUCUUCUCAGCAUGGAAUUUACUUUUCCCAGAGUAUGAAUGACGCUGAAUGGCCGAUAAGAUGGAACAAAGAGCUAGGGGGUACGACACGUUACAAAUUCAUCCCAAAGGCAAUUCAAACAGCCAUUUCGCAUCUGAGGGAUAAUCAGCGAACUAGUCUACUACAAUGGCUCAGUCGGAAUGCUAAAACCACUGAAAUUUCCCUCUCGAGUUUCAUUGAGAAGGUUAUUGAAGAUGUUUACGUCUCUGAAAGCAAGGAAUUCGUUGUGCGUGUGGCCCAAUUUCUGCAUUUUUCCGCGGCAAACAAUUAA